AUGUGGCGUAGUCCGAUACAUGGGGAUUACCAGUUUUGGCUCGGUUAUACGAGCAAUUAUUCUUUUAGCGAUUAUAGACCACCACGUAACCAGAUAGGGACUGCGAAAGAAAACGUUACAAAGGAUUACAAAUAUCGUUUAUCUAAAGGAUUGGAUCAAGCAGAAGUAUGUGAAAAAUUCUUAAGUUUUAAUGUUCGACCAGUUAUGGAUUAUUUUCAGGAAGUGAUUAAUAAGGCUUUGACCAAAAUUGUUCGAAUCGGGAAUGGUACAAUCAAAUUCCCUGAACAAGUGAUAUGUAGAUUGAUUAAUGAAAGUAUAUGUGAUAUUACAAGAAAAUAUUCCAAUUUUGCAAUUAUUGUUCUGAAUGGAAAUACACGGCCUUACCAAUCAGUAAUUCGAGUUCCAUAUUACCAUAAAUGUGCCUCAGUUUUUGAUCAAAAAGGAAAAAUAUUACCUUUUCAGAUGAAUGAAGUAUUUAUCAAAUCUGAACAAGCAGCAACUUAUGAAUUAUUAAUCCCAGUUGAGAUUCCUGCAAUGGGAUUUGCUACCAUUUUUGUUGUUCAGAAAACGAAUCUGAUUAAUGAAAUGAGAUGUUUCAAAAAAUCGACCUCAUCACCAAAAUUAUCAUUUUCACAGAAAACUGAGCUGAAGUUGAAGAUAAAUGAAAAUUCGUUCAGAAUAAAAAAUAAAUUCAUUGAACUUGAAUUUGAUACUCGUGGAUAUUUAUCUUCAAUACAAAACCUGGAAUCUGGCUCGAUUAGCGUGUUAAAACAAGAAUUUUUGAUCUAUCAUGGUACUGGAAUAUCUAAUACAACUAAUCAACCAUCUGGUGCUUACAUUUUCAGACCAAAUGGCACCAUUUCUUUUCCGAUUGCAUCAAAUAUUACUUAUAAUGUUGUCGAGGGUGAAAUGGUCAGUGAAGUUAGGCAAAUUCUAAAUCCAUGGGUAACGCAAAUAAUUCGACUUUACAAGACCAGGCCGUUUGUUGAAUUCGAAUGGACUGUGGGACCAAUACCUAAGGAGAAGGCUGAUUUAAAACAAAGUCGUCUCCGCGAUCCUGAAAAAAGUAGCUUUUAUGAACAGUCAGCCAUUUACAUUAUGGAAUGUUAUCGUACAUGUGUUGCCGAUCUGUAA